CUUUUUGUUCCUAAGAGAAUUUUUUUCCGGUCUUUCAUUAUAAAUAUAGGUAUAUUUCCUCUCUUCCUUCGACGAGAACCUCUAAAUGCAACGUGCAUAUUAGCAGCCGGCUUUAUUAGACCCUAGAAGUAUCUGUCCCUGUCGACCUUCCCUCCGCCACGAUCCAUCGUCAUCGCUGGACGAGUCUCUCUCGCGGAAUCGCAUCCUCGCCUCUCAUCAUGCCACAACCAUCGCUCGCGGCCUCCCAUGGCAUCAUCUUCGCGACCUACGGUCUCUUCUUUCUCAUGGGAACUGGCCUAGCCUGGACAUUGAGACAUAAUCUCAGGGGCGGUUUCCUGUCUGCCAAUCGAACUCAAACGGCAUUGCCUGUUGCCCUCAACUUCAUCGCCAGUGGUCUCGGAUCGAGUGUGCUCUUCGCCUACCCGGAGCUCGCCACCAUCACCGGUGUUCAAGGCGUCGUAGUCUACGCCCUAUCUUCCGCCCUGCCGCUCCUGAUAUUCGCCGGCCUCGGGUCCCUCAUUCGGAAAAAGACCCCGCAUGGGUUCGUCUUGACGGAAUGGACCCGCCAGCGUUACGGCAGCGCCGCCAUGCUUUACUUGAGCUUCGCGACCCUUGUCACAUUGUUUUUAUAUAUGACUGCGGAGCUGUCAGCUAUCGGCCACGUCGUCACCGCUCUGACCCGCGUCAAUCAGCUCCCGGUUAUGAUCGUCCAAGUAGUGGUCACUGCCGCCUACACCUCACUCGGCGGAUUCCGUAUCUCCUUUUUGACGGACAACAUCCAAGGCGCCAUGGUCAUCGGGCUCAUCAUCAUCGCAGCGGCCACCAUUGGUGCUCUCACCGACAUCGACACCUCUCUGAUCAAAGAGUCGGGCUUUCUCAAGCCCACGCUUCUCGGCUGGCAGCUACUCUACAUCCUGCCCGUCUGCAUCCUGACCAACUACUUCUUCCUCUCCAAUUUCUGGCUGCGUGCUUUCGCCUCCAAGACGGACAAGGACCUCUGGAUUGGCGUCUCAAUGGCGACUGUCUUCAUCCUCAUCGUUCUGGUCAUGCUCGGCUGCAGCGGUCUCGUUGCUGUCUGGUCCGGUGCUCUCCCUAUGGAGGACAUCCCGAGAGAUGGCUCUGCCGCCUUUUUCCUCCUUCUGAACAGCCUGCCGGCCUGGGUUGUUGGCAUUGCCCUCGUCAUGGUCGUUACCCUGUCCUGCGCGUCGUUCGACACCCUGCUCACGGCCAUGGUUUCGUCUGCCUCCAAUGACCUUUUCCGCAACCGCCUCAACAUCUGGUGGGUCCGUCUGGGCGCCGUUCUUAUCUGCGUCCCCUCCAUCGUCAUCGCCCUAAGGGCCCCCUCCAUCCUGCAGAUCUAUCUCAUCAGCGACCUCGUCUCCGCCUGCGUCAUCCCCGUCCUCGUCAUCGGCCUCUCCGACCGGUGCUACUGGUGGCGUGGCUUCGAGGUCAUUACGGGAGGAGUUGGCGGCAUCCUGUCCGCCUUCUUUUUCGGUCUCGUCUACUACGGGGGAGACGUGCGCCGCGCUGGCAAUCUGUUGCUUAUUUCGGAAGGUCUCUAUGCCAACGACUGGAGCGUCUUCGGCCUCUUUGUCGCCGCUCCUGUCGGCAGUCUCCUGUUCGCUCUCGUCGCUCUGGGCGGUCGCCUGGGAGUUCAGUAUCUUUGGGCCAAGCGCACCGGUCGCCGCUUCACUGCACUCGACCCUCCCAUCUCCGUCGAAGCGCCCUCGGACGUCGCCAGCUUCCGGCCUAGCGCCUCGGGUGACGACGUGGCAGACGUCACCACGCAGCAGGAGGAGCCGACUUCUAAGCAGGCUGGAAAGUUCUUUUAAGACGGCAGUGCGUACAGAACAGCGUCUGUCAGACCUAAGCUUGACGGUGACAUAACUCUCAAGUUGACGGAUUAUUCGAAGAAGAUCCUAGACAAAACUCAGUCUACUACUUUGUUCUGAGUGGCGCGUGGCGGGAAAAAGUAAUAGUAAGAACGGGUCUCGUUGGAGAGAAAGAUGUUAGAAGGGACCACCCUCGUGUCCAGAGCCAGCGGGCCUUGGCCGGGGUGUGUUUGGAUCAGAGAGUACUUUAUACAGCAUUCUUACACGUAUAAUAUACAGUACAUUCAUUACAUAUGCACCCGCUC